AGAAAGCAAAAGACAGAACAAAGACGAAGACUCUUAUUAUCUUUUGUCUUUUUUUUUUCCUCUCUAUCUCUAGCUUGGUGAUGAUCUUGAAGCAAGAAUCAUGACCGUCCUUCACAGAUCUCUGUCGGAUGAUAUGACAAACAACACGGCCUGUGAAUCGUUGACGGAUUGCAUCGAAGACUUGAGGGAAUCAGGAUCUUGUUCAUCCACUUGUCUUAACUACUGUCUUUCCAUCUGCAAGAUCGUCUCUGAUCCGCCUCCAGUGAUUCACCGCGACCUUGACCAUAAAAUAAAGAAGAUCAUAAUCAUCACGGCUUCCUCUCUCAUCACAACUCUGUUUCUCCUUACUUUACUCGUUCUCUGUUUCAAGUGGUACAACAGGAGGAGAAGAUCAACAGCGUUAUCAAGAAGCAUAGAGGAAGCUAGGACUCGGGAUUUUGAUGGACAAUCACCUGCAAUGAUCGAUCAUCCGGUUUGGCAUAUCAGAACCAUUGGCUUGAAUCCAGCGGUUAUAAGUUCGAUCAAAGUGUGUAAGUAUAGUAAAAGAGAUGGUGUUGUCGAAGGAACUGAUUGUUCUGUUUGUUUAAGUGAGUUCGAAGAAGAAGAGAUGCUUAGAUUGUUACCAAAGUGUAGACAUGCUUUUCAUCUUUCUUGUAUUGAUACUUGGCUUAGAUCACACACCAAUUGUCCCCUUUGUCGUGCUCCUAUUGUAAAUGAUGAUGAUGGGGACGAUAUAGAGGAGACCCUUGUGAGUAUCAAUGGAGAUAUCGAUGAAGAAACUGAGAGGGAUGACGAGGUUGAAGCUGAUGGUUUUCUUGGUAUAGAUAUUAGAGAUGGUGAAGCAGAUAAGUCACAGCAGCGAGUGAGACGAUCAGUGUCGUUGGAUUCGAUGUCAGGUUUAAGGGUAAGUGAAGUUGUUGUUGUUGCUGGUAGAGGGAAAGAGAAGAUGAAGAGAGGCAAUGUUGUUGGAACUUCUAUUGUUGAUAGGUCAAGUUUCUUGAAGAGGUCCAUCUCUGACAUUGGUAAGUAGUAGCCUAGCAGGAGCUUUAUAUACUAAAAGUUCUUGUAGCCAAGAUGGUGAUCACAUAAAUUAUAUUAAGGUGAUACAAAGAAGAAUAUGAUUUUGUGCAUUUUGUUGUUUAUAAAGCUGCUACUCCUGUACUCAAGUGUAAAGAGUUGUCACAGCUUUUGUUUUGCCAUAGAUUCACUAAAUUGUAGAUUAAGUUGAUAAGAUACUCCAAUAGUUUCAUUUUGAUUGCUUCUCUGUUUAUCAUUUCUAUCAAUAAUACUAUCCAUCAGGGGAAA